GAGAGCUGCGCAGCCGCCCUGCGCAUCCGUCGGCUGAGCUGAGGUGGUCAGCGCAGCCAUUUCCGUGCCCCUCACGGAAAAACAUGCAGGGGGUGGCAUUUGUCCAUCACGCGCACAGCUAAAUCAGUCAUGACUUUGGCUGCACGACUUCACGCUGAAGUCUGCAUCAUCGAUUAACAGCCGAGAUCUCCAAACUUUCUCCUCAAUUCAACGCCUGCGCAGACAAUACAAGCUCUCUCUCUUCAGCUCCUGCUCCUUUUUCCUUUUUUUUUUGAUUCCGUGUCAGCCAUGGAGGGAGAUCUGCAAGGAGGCAGCAACCACGUCGCAGCGCUGCAUGUGAAAACUGAAGCGGUGGAUGAAAAUGCAUCUGCGCUGGUUUUGGGCAGGCAGGAGUCGCCUGCGCCCUGCGGAGAUACCGCAUGCAGAGGAGGAGGAGGAGGGGAACAGACUGCAGAGGAGCUGGCUGACACAGAGCUGCAAGCUGCCACGACAACUACUCCUGUACUACUGUACCCUGUUAGCACAGAGCGGUUCUUCACCACAUCUGGGGAUGGAAAAACAUACCUGAAGAUAGCUCCAGCUUCAGUAAUGCCCCCUGCUCCUUCCGAGAAGACGCUUUGCUCUGGCUCGGAUUUCUCUUCCAAAGCCGUUCUGUGUCUGAUUGAGGCCGUCGGGCGUCGCUGGGGUCUCUAUGAGACUCGGGAACGCUCGCAGCUCUUCCAGAGUGUCCAAGAGGAGAUGGCCUCCAAGGGGCACAUACUGCCUGUUGAGAAAAUCCGUCGCAAGUGGAACAACCUCAUUGUGACAUACAAGAGGGUUAAAGACCGCAGCCGGGAGACGGGACAUGCUAAGACGUCUUGGGAGUUCUUUGAUUUGAUGGACGCCACCCUCUGCGACACCAUUGGCACUCAGAUCGUCAACAACAAACGAAACAAAGGCGGCAGCACGGUUUCUACACUGCCUGCUCCUUUGGCUAAGAUCGCUGCAAAGCCCCUGCAGCUUCCACAGCCGACAUCCACCAUCAUCCGUCCUAGCAGUGACUUCGCUGCUGUUGCUGGUGGUGGUGGUGUGGACUCAGUAGGUCUGGGCUCCAGUGCUGGCAGCGCUGCCAGUACGUCGGUGACUGCAGCGACCAUUAGCUCAACUAAUGCUCCAGACCUCAAGCCCCUGAUCGUCCUCAAUGGUGACAUUGUUACUACUAGUAUUCACCCAGCCACCAUUGUGCCAGCUCCUUCUUUUAUUUCCUCGCCUUGUUUUACAGAAACAGCCACCACAUCCCCUUCCCUCAUCUCCGCCAGUAACACAGACCUCAACACACUGGGCUACACGAGCCGCAAAGCUCCAUCCAUCUCAUCAGGUGUCAUCCCUUUUCGCCUGAGUACAACAUCGCUCACCCAAAGCCAGAAUCUCCUCGGCCUCUCCUCUUCAUUCCCCCUCACGUCCUCCUGCCUCACUUCCUCUGCUGCCACCUCUUUGUCUACAACAACUGUGUCUGGAACUGAAGGACAGAACCAGAAGGCGAAAGCGGAGCAAGGCGGCUCCACUUUGUUCCAAGAGAUUCUGAAGCGACAGGAGGAGCAGGCCUACCUCGAUCGAGUGGCUCGCCGCAGGGUUGAAGCCAGAGAGAAGAGGCGGGAGAGGAGGGAGGUGCGAAUGUCCGAGUCCCUAGGAAGGAUAGCCACGGCCCUGGAGCUGCUCUCCUCCAAACAGGACACAGUCAUCGCCCUCCUACAGAGGCUGGCUGAUCGGAAAUAAUCUACGGUGAAAGCCUGGAAAGUAGAAUCUCCUGACCUUGUUUUUUUUUUUCCCACCUGAGAUCCUCCUUAUGAAGCUCUCAUGCACUAUAAUGCUACUUUAAUGAGCAUAAUUUAAUAUAAAUGCGAAUUUGACGAACUCCUAAGUAAAUAACAGAUAAACACAAAGGUAAGUCAUUGUUCCGUGCUUUUAAAUUGUUGUGCAUUGUAAAUAUGUUAGUUUGCUUCACUAACAUCAAAUAAAAAGAUUCUUUGGAUA